AUUAUCUCACCUUAUCAGUGUUAUUUCCCUGAGUGGUGUUCGGGGCGAGAGGGGCACCAGACCAUCACUCGCCUCACCUCCCUCACGUAGGGCGGCGCAGCAACAGGUGGCACAACAAAAACAACACUGGGACACUGCCGCAGGCUGGCGGCACACCAAGACGUCCCUGGGACGCACAUGGGGAUCUGAUUGUGGCCAUGCAUUGAAAUAAAGACACACACUAACGGCACUGCUUCACAGAUCAUACAUCAUAUGUCCCACAGGGAAGCUGAUGCUGCAGCCUGUCUCAAGUUGAGUAUAAACAAUUGAUGAAUAUGGCCAGCGGUGGGGAUAGCCACUCCUCGACCUCUGAGGUAGACCAAGUGCAAGCCAACAGUGAAUCAGAUCAAAUGGAUUCAGAAGACAGCAAGGAGAGGGAGGAGCCACCAGCUGUACCUGAUCCUGUUGAAAAAAGUGUAAUGAUUCUUGAACGAGCUAAAUCAGACACUGAAAAAUUUGCUGCCCUGUUGAUGGUGACAAAACUUACCAAGGCAGGGGAGUUGAGUGAGACAGACAAGAAGAAAAUUAUGAAUGCAGUGGGCUUGCCAUUUUUAGCUCGUUUGAUGAGGACCAGUGAUGUGCCAGAAGGAUGCCCACCUUUCAUGUUCAAAUCUAUUGCAUUAACAAUAUUAACUUCCCUAAUGUCAUGCUGUUCAGGCAGUCAAGUAUUAUAUGGGCUGAUCCCCAUUCUGUGUGAAAUAAUUUCAAAGUCUGAGUUAUAUGAGACUGAUCUUACUUUAAUUAAAGACUCUUAUCAGUGCCUGAAGUGUAUAGCAUCAGACAAAUGUGGCAGUGAAGCUAUCAUUGACUAUGAAGCUUUGAGCACACUUGUAGAAGCAUAUGCAGAGGGUAACUUUGGUUGUGAUGAUGCCAUUGAUGUCAUCUUGAUGGUUGUGUCUGAAGAAGGAACAAAAACUUGGGAAGAUGAACCAGAAGCCUUCAUGAAACUUAUGACUCAUGUUGCCCAUGAAUUUGUUGUAGAUCAUGGAGAAAAUAAAUUCAAGUUAUGUAAUGUUCUCACAAAGUUGUUACAAAGUCAGCCACAGUCAAGUGAAAUGGAACAACAAGGGUGGAAACAAGAUUUACAUAAAGGCAUAUCAGAUAUAAUAUUCAGUAAAUUAGGCAGAGAACAUCGAAUUAGUGGGCUUAGAUUAGCAGGAGCAGCACUAGAAAAUCUUGGUCUGCCUUGGGUUUUGCAAGCUGGAGCAGAAACAGACACAGGAGAGACAAAAGGGAAACAGCUUCUUCUGAUGAUGGUUCACUUGUCAUGUAUUGAAGUUCGUAUGGGACUUGAAGAUAAAACUUUUGAAGAGGUUGUCUCAAUUGCAUUGCCCAUUACUGCUUGUUACUCAGUUAUAGAAAUGUCAGUAAUUUUCCUUGUGAAUGGGGCUGUAGAUUUUGAGCAGAAACAUAAACAACAGUUAUAUGAAUCCCUUAAAGGUGCUAUCAACGCAGUUCUGAAAUUUCUUCAGGGAGCAUCCUUUGAAGAUACAGUUUUAGAAAAUUCAAAGACUUAUAUGUUUGUAUGUGCAACAAUUCGUGUCCUCUGUGCUUGGCUGGCUGAGGAAACUGCAGCAAAUAAAGAUGAUGUUUAUAAAACUUUACCUUUUAUUAUUAAAAUUUGUAAGCACAGCUUUGACCACAAUAAAACCAGUGUCUCUAAGUCAAAAAAGAAAGGUCACUCUGUAGUGACUCACAAGGCAGAGGAUAAGAAGAAAUUGCCUGAUGUACUUCGGUUUCUUCUCCCAGGGCUCUGUCAUCUCACAGCGGAAGAUGUUCCUCGUAGAAUCUUGAUUGAUCUUGAGCUGGAAAAUUUAUUAUUUGAAUAUUUUAGUUUCCACUGGAAUAGUAUCAAGGAUGCUUUUGGUCCCCAAGUAAAGGAGGAAGUGGACAUUCCUAUAGCUAAGAUACAUGCUGCAGGUGAGGCCAUGAGUACAAUUAGUAAUAUAUUUAUGAACAUUGUUGUGCAAGAGCCUGAGCGUGUACAAAAUGAUGUACUGUACUACUCAGUAAUGAAAUUUAUCUUUUGUAAACUACCUGAAAUUCCACCUGAAUCAUGUCACCUUAAACUUAGUGGAACUUUAUGUAUACUGGGUCUCAUGAUAUUGAGGCACCAGCACCCUAAUGUUAAGAGCACAGAUUUCACAAUAUUCAGGUUUGUUCAGUCUACUGUUCGCUUCCUUUGGGAUGCCCAUAAUGUUGAAGAGAGCAGAGAUUAUGCCACUCUGGUAGUGUCCUCAAAGUAUGAGUCUGACUGGGGUUGUUUAAUGGAUCUGUGGUUCCUUGGUAUGCAUACACUGAGUUUUCUCCUUCCUAUUAUACCAUGGCUGAGUGAUUUCUUGAUGGAAAGUGAAUGGCCUCAAACUAUUGUCGCCACUUUAUUGACCGUCCGUGAAGGAGGCUUAGAUGUGGGACUGAAGAGUGCCUUAGAAGACUUUUUGUCUUUGCUUUGCAAAUCUUCAAACACUGCUAAUAAUAUUCUCCAAGAAAAAGGGGUAUUACAAGUUUGCAAGAAUCACAAACUUGAAGAACUUUCUCAUGUCUUUGGUGUAAAACUUUGAAGGAUAAGUUUUUAUAUGUUAAACUGUAUUUAGUUAGCUGGUAAUUGGUUUGCAGCUAAAGUUCAACAAAAUUAGUAGAAUUGAAUGUUAUGAAUUACUGUGAUGUGAGGCAUAUGUCUGCCAUUUAAAAUUGUCUCGCAAACAUAAACUAGGUAAAAAAGGAGUUUGGAAUGCAGGUAUUCUGUGGGUUGUAAUGAGCUUUUCAUGUGCUGUAUUUCAGUUAUGGACAGGAUGAAAAGAGAAGAGGGUAGCUCACAAGCACACAAAUAUUUUGAUAUUCCUUUUCCGGAUGUCAGAUGGUCAUGGCGUAUGUGUUUAUAAAGUCUUGACUUAAUGAAAACGUCCCAGUUUUCUGUACUGAAAAUUUGUUACUUUCUCAUAUUCAUUUAGUGCUGAUGGUUCAGUUACAAGAUGUACUUUUUUCAUAAUAUGGGUUGAGAAUCCUUUAUUUAGAAUUCUUAAAUAUACAUAGAAACCUCCAAAAUCCAGUUGUAGAGUGCUGAUGCUAUUUUCCAAAUUAUUUGCAAUCCCACAGCAGUGCUACAUAAGAGCACUACAGUUUCGUAAUUGAUAUUUUGUGACAUCAGAAUGCUCUGUGAUGCAUGUCUGAUUCAGUAUACGUAUGAUUGAUUUAUCACAUCACUUAGUUUCUGAUAAGUGUUGACUUUGAUUUUUUGGCCCAUAACUUAACUUAUAGCUAGUUUUCCUAAACCUUAUCUUAAAUAGAUGUGUGUGUUGUGUUGUGUUUGUGUGUGUGUGUGUGUGUGUGCCCCAGAUUCUGGUAAAAAUAGCUCUUUAAUUUGAAAACUUCCACUUGCAAGCAGAUGUAAAGGACUUUUGGCCUGUAUUAACCAUUGUUGUACAAAAAUCUCACUGACUUGAGAGCCUUUAGUAAAUUUAUGGGUCACAGAGGAUAUUUUAACAAACAAUUAAUAUUUUCUAAGAGUAGACACCAUCCUUGCAUCUCAUUCCUGAACAAAGAAGGAUUCAGUCAGUAGGGUAAAAUUAUUUAUAUAUGUAUAGGAGUAUAUACUUUUAUAAAUGUGAAUAGUCUUGCAAGCUGACAUUGAUAGAAAAACUAAAUAUUGUGUGUGAUAUUUAGGCACUGAGUGAGAAUGUCAGUAGAAUCUUGGCCAUAAGGAUAGUUACUUAGUGAGUAAAAACAUUUAUUUUGAUGUAAGAUGUUGUACAAUAUUUUGCUAAGUAUGAACCUAUCUAGUUUGUCAUGUGGCCACUGUGCUCAUUGAUUUGAGGAUGAGAAAAUAAAAUAAAGAAGUGUU